CGUAGGCAUUGGUACCCAAGUACCAUGAUCACAUGAUGGCGAUUCCUGGACGCGAUCACACAUCGCGCGUCUCCUCCAACUCUCCCCACCACACCGCUCAACAGCCAUGCCUAUCGUUCUGUCCGAUCCUCAGCCAGGAACUUUCGUUUAUAACGUCUCAAAACCUCCAGACCCACAGGACCCUGUAACCCCUGAGGAUGCAGGCUACGCCAUAGCGUUUGAAAAUGCUCUACUUCAUCGAUACCAAAAAGGAAAUGGUGUAAAUUUGAGGUCACUAUACCACGCCGGAAAAUACAAAAAGCAGCUUUUCGAAGCCACCGACCCUGCUCCUCAAGAUCACGGUGUCGUUCUACAGCAAAUCCAUAAUACCUUGCAAAAUGUCCAACUCGAUAUCACCACCCUGAAAGAGGAUGUGCACACCUUGAUGGGGGAUGUGCGCACCUUGAAGGUAGAUUUGGCUGCAAUGCAGCGACAGACAAUCCAAUAUAUCAACAUACAAACAGAUGGAAUUCUUGGUCCCCUUGACCAAGUCCCUUUCCUGGACAACACAAUGCCCUGGGGAGCAAAUCGUGAAGUGAACGUUUUGGCUGGAGACCCUCAGCGGCCAGUGAUCACAGUGCGAAGGAAUUUUAGGGAUAUUGAACCCUUAGAAGUUGUGUUACCUGAUCUUAAGAGGGUGAAUGACAUAAAUGACCUCACUCUCCACCAGCUGGUGGCCUACUUUCAAGGAUAUCAUCACUAUGAUGAGAACAAUGGACUGCUAACAGAGCAACAUAUGAAACAAGGCCUCUGCAAGGCCAUUGGGUGUAGAGUCAUUUAUAGCUAGUGUGUUCUUCUGGGACCCGCUGUUCAGUGUGGAAGGAUGUUGAAUUGGCAGUUUUGCUAUACCCUUGUUGGAAUCCUCUUCUUGUAUUUCUGUUUCUUUGUUUGACCUGUAAAUUGAGCCUGUUACUUCCGUACUGUUACAUUACAACAAAAAACUUAUAGUUUUAA